AUGAAGUCAGCUCUUGGGUUCACCCUCGCUCUACUGGCAGUGCUUGCUGUAAAGACAGCAGCUGCUGCAGUCCAGUUCAGCUAUGCUGAAGAGUGGCAGAUGUGGAAAACACAGCACGGGAAGAGCUAUGGCUCAGUGAGAGAGGAGCUGGAGAGACAUCUGGUGUGGCUGGCCAACAGAGAGUACAUCAAUGCCCACAACCAGAACUCCCACAUCUUUGGAUUCACCCUCGCCAUAAACCAUCUGGGAGACAUCACUGAUGCAGAGUACAACGAGAUGUACAUGACGUACAGACCUGGUGGAACGAAAUCUACCACAAUCCACGAUGCUUCCCAAUACUCUGGAAAUCUCCCAGAAAGUGUGGACUGGAGGACCAAUAAUGCAGUUACCAGCAUCAAAGAUCAGGGUCAAUGUGGAGCUAGCUAUGCUUUCAGUGCAGUGGGUGCUCUUGAGGGAGCCAAUGCUCUGGCUACUGGUACCCUCACCUCUCUCAGUGAACAGAACAUCAUUGACUGCUCGAUUCCCUAUGGUAAUCAUGGAUGCAAGGGUGGAAACAUGUACGAUGCAUUUCUCUACAUGGUGGCCAAUGAUGGUAUUGAUACCACCGAUUCUUACCCCUACAAAGCCAAGCAAAUGAGCUGUUCCUACAUUGAGAGUGGUCGUGGGGCCACCACUUCAGGCAGUGUAGCUAUCGAGAGUGGCAAUGAGAAUGACUUGCAGUCUGCUGUGGCCUACAUUGGACCUGUCGCAGUUGCUGUGGACGCCCAGUCUAAUGCUUUCAGAUACUACUCCGGUGGUGUGUACAGCUCCACACAGUGUUCUAGCAGCACUCUCACUCAUGCUAUGGUGGUCACUGGAUAUGGCACUUACAGUGGAACACCAUACUACCUUGUCAAGAACAGUUUUGGAAAGAAUUGGGGAAUGGAUGGCUACAUUCUGAUGGCCAGGAACAAGUACAACCAGUGUGGCAUUGCUUCUGAUGCCUCCUACCCCACCCUUUGA